UGAGUCGUUAGUUAUCGUCCCGGUAGCGAGACCUCCUCUCCACCGUCUACUUCCCCUCCGUCACGCCACGAUCCUUAGGGUUCCUUCUCACAGUUUCGUUCGGAUUUGAAAUCCUCUCACUUUCGAUCCAUCUAGCAUCCUCCAAAUUGGUAAGUUUCGUUUAUUUCUCGUCAAUUUCUUCCGGAAUCGAUUUAUCUACGUGUGAGGAUGUGUUUCUGUGCUCACGCUAUAUUCAGAAUAGAAACAAAUAACCGAGUUUGAUCACAAGCGCAAGUGCAAAUAUGUCUGUCACAGCGGGAGUGAGUGAAGCUGCACUCGCUACACGCGCCAAGCUACGAGGUGGGAUUGGCCAGACCAAAGUGAAAAGAUACUGGCCCGGUAAAGCUCCCGAGUGGGCCGACGAACCCGAGGAAGAUGAGGAUGUUAGGAUGCAAAAGGUUGACGCUUUAGAUCGAAAGCAUGAUGAUUUAGCUGUUGCUAGAAAGGAUGACCCAAGACUGCGUCGUUUAGCUCAGACUAGAGCUGAGAAUCGUGAAGAAGUUAGAGCUGAUCAUCGUCGCGUUAGGCAGGCUGAGAUUGUGUCCACCGAAGAAGAAGAGUUGAGGAAUCAAGAGGAGGAAGAAGAUGAGGAUGCGUUGGAAGAGAGGAGGAGGAGGAUCAGAGAGAAGAAUCUCAAAAGAGCUCAAGAGGAGGCUGACUUACUCCCCGUGGAGGAAGAAGACGAGGUGGAAGAUGAAGAAGAUGAGGAAGAGGAGUCUGAGUACGAGACUGAUUCUGAGGAUGACAUGCCUGGUGGUAUUGCAAUGAUCAAGCCUGUCUUUGUGCCUAAAGCUGAGAGAGACACUGUGGCGGAGCGUGAGAGGCUUGAAGCUGAAGAGCAAGCGCUCGAGGAGUUAGCAAAGAGGAAGCUCGAGAUGAGGAAGCUCGAGACGAAGCAGAUAGUGGUCGAGGAAGUGAGGAAAGACGAGGAGAUACGCAAGAACAUGUUACUCCAAGAAGCGAACAUCGGAGACGUGGAGACGGACGACGAGAUCAACGAGGCCGAGGAGUACGAGGUCUGGAAGACGAGGGAGAUCGCUAGGAUCAAGAGGGAGAGGGACGCGAAGGAAGCGAUGCUGAGAGAGAGGGAGGAGGUUGAGAAGCUGAGGGGAAUGACGGAGCAGGAGAGGAGGGAGUGGGAGAGGAAGAAUCCUAAGCCUUCGUCAGAUAAAGCGAAGAAGAAGUGGAACUUCAUGCAGAAGUAUUACCACAAGGGAGCUUUCUUCCAAGCGGAUCCUGACGACGAGGCGGGGUCCGUGGGCACUGAUGGUAUAUUUCAGCGUGACUUCUCUGCACCGACGGGUGAAGAUAGGUUGGAUAAAUCGAUUUUGCCUAAGGUUAUGCAAGUCAAGCACUUUGGUCGGAGUGGGAGGACUAAAUGGACUCACCUUGUUAAUGAGGAUACAACAGAUUGGAGUAACCCGUGGACUUCUAAUGAUCCUCUACGAGAGAAAUACAACAAGAAAAUGGCAGGCAUGAAUGGUCCUAUUGAGAAACCAAAGGGGAGCAAGAAGAUGAAAGAUUGGGAGAAAUAAACAAAGUGCGUAAGCUCUUGGACAAGAGACAUGCGGUCGUAGGAGCGUCUUUUGUAUUGGGAUCAAUCAAGAUAGCUUUUUUAUGAUUCUGCUUGUAUCACGAAAGCAUUUCUUAUUUUCAUCAUCUAAACAUUAUGAUUUAUGAAUACAUUAAAGAAUCCAACUUUCA